AAGCUGCAAGCUUUAGGACAGAAGCCAUCACAGGUGAUACACAAGUUGGAUAGUAAAGGAUUUGUUUUGAAGUAAUUUCUAGGAAGAUAUCUCACAGGUACGUCAUCCAGCCCGAGAAGCUUAAGGACAAAUAGGAAGCCACAGAGUUGGAAGAAGUCACAAUGUCUUUAAUGGACAUGGAGGAGUGGAGGACAGGAGUGGAGGAUGAGAAAAAUCCUGAAUUAUACCAGGAAGAGCAAGAAUUAAAUGCUCAGGCAAAAAACAAAGAGCUAGCCAGAAAACUCAAGGAAAAAAUCAACCUGGCGGCUCACAAACGUGCUCACCGUUGGCAGAUGGAAGCUAUUGAGGUCCCUUUUGAGCCGUCGUACCUCCCACCUGCUCAAGAAACCACCUUAGUAGCAACUGAUGCAACCAGGAAGCUUGAAGCAUCCACACCAAUUGUUAGGGACGAGCAAGAUGGGGCACAGGAGCCAAGAUUUAUCAAAGCUUUAGCUAAGAAGCAGAUGAAGGCAAAUGAGGAGAAAAGGACCGCAAUGCUUGCGUCUAUUUCUUCCCACCGACUACAGGUGAUACAGGAGAAAAAGCUGAGGGAAAAGGCAGAGAGUCAGAGCAAAGCAGCUGAACUUCGGACUAACGUGGAAGCUGAUGAAUUAGUCUGGGAAGAAGAAAGAUUAAUGGCUCAGAAGAAAAGAGAAGAAAAAAUCAGAACAGUCAAAAGCAACGUUAAACUGGCUGCUCAACGCCGUGCUCACCGCCAGCGGGUGGAAGCUAUUGAGGUCCCUUUUGAGCCCUCAUACCUCCCACCAGUUUAUGAAGCCACCCGAGUGGCAACUAAUGCGACCUGUACACUUGAGACAUCCAAACAAAUUGUUUGGGAUGAACAGGACACUGCAAAGGAGGAACAAGCCAUGAUGGCUCUUACGGAGGAGCCACGAUUUGUCAAGGCUUUAGCUAAGAAACAGAUGAAGGCAAAUGAGGAGAAGAGGACCGCAAUGCUUGAUUCCAUUUCUUCCCACCGGCUCCAGGUGAUACGGGAGAAAAAGCUGAAAGAAAAGGCAGAGAGGCAGAGCAAAGCUGAUGAACUUUGGGCUAACACGGAAGCGGAUGAAUUAUCCUGGGAAGUGGAAAGAUUAAAGGCUCAGAGGAAAAGAGAAGAAAAUAUCAGAAUAGUCAAAGACAACAAAAAGCUGGCAGCCCAACGCCGUGCUCACCGUCAGCAGAUGGAAGCUAUUGAGGUCCCUUUUGAACCCUUGUACCUCCAACCAAUUAAUGAAACCACCUUAGCAGAAACUGAUGCAACCAGGAAGCUUGAGACAUCCACACAAAUUGUUGGGGACGAGCAGGAUGCUGCAAAUGAAGAACAAGCUAUGAUGGCUCUGGCGGAGAAGCCAAGAUUUGUCAAGGCUCUUGCUAAGAAGCAGAUGAAGGCAAAUGCGGAGAAGAGGACCGCAAUGCGUGCUGCGAUUUCUUCCCACCGACUACAGGUGAUACAGGAGAAAAAAUUGAAGGAAAAGGCGGAAUGCCAGAGCAAAGCAGAGGAACUUCGUGCUAACGUGGAAGCUGAUGAAUCAUUUUGGGAAGAAGAAAGAUUAAAGGCUCAGAAGAAAAGAGAAGAAAAUAUCAGAAUAGUCAAAGACAAUGUUAAACUGGUUGCUCAACGCCGUGCUCACCGUCAGCAGAUGGAAGCUAUCGACGUCCCUUUUGAUCCCUCGUACCUCCCACCGGUGUUUGAAGCCACCCAAGCGGCAACUGAUGCGACCUGUACACUUGAGACAUCCACAGAAACUGCUGGGGAUGAACAGGACACCGCAAAUGAGGAACAAGCCAUGAUGGCUCUUAUGGAGGAGCCACGAUUUGUCAAGGCUUUAGCUAAGAAGCAGAUGAUGGCAAAUGAGGAGAAGAGGACCGCAAUGCUUGCUUCCAUUUCUUCCCACCGACUAGAGGUGAUACGGGAGAAAGAGUUGAAGGAAAAGGCAGAGAGGCAGAGCAAAGCGGAUGAAUGUCGUGCUAACGUGGAAGCUGAUGACUUAUUCUGGGAAGAAGAAAGAUUGAAGGCUCAGAAGAUAAGAGAAGAAAAAAUCAGAAUAGUCAAUGACAAUGUCAAACUGGCUGCUCAACGCCGUGCUCACCGUCAGCAGAUGGAAGCUAUCGACGUCCCUUUUGAUCCCUCGUACCUCCCACCGGUGUUUGAAGCCACCCAAGCGGCAACUGAUGUGACCUGUACACUUGAGACAUCCACAGAAAUUGUUGGGGAUGAACAGGACACUGCAAAGGAGAAACAAGCCAUGAUGGCUCUUACGGAGGAGCCAAGAUUUGUCAAGGCUCUUGCUAAGAAGCAGAUGAUGGCAAAUGAGGAGAAGAGGACCGCAAUGCUUGAUUCCAUUUCUUCCCACCGACUACAGGUGAUACGGGAGAAAAAGCUGAAAGAGAAGGCGGAAUGCCAGAGCAAAGCAGAUGAACGUCAGGCUAACAUGGAAGCUGAUGAAUUAUUCUGGGAAGAAGAAAGGUUAAAGGCUCAGAAGAAAAGAGAAGAAAAUAUCAGAAUAGUCAAAGACAAUGUUAAACUGGCUGCUCAACGCCGUGCUCACUGUCAGCAGAUGGAAGCUAUUGAGGUCCCUUUUGAUCCCUCAUACCUCCCACCGGUGUUUGAAGCCACCCGACCGGCGACUGAUGCGACCUGUACACUUGAGACAUCCACACGAAUUGUUGGGGAUGAACAGGACACCGCAAAGGAGGAACAAGCCAUGAUGGCUCUUACGGAGGAGCCACGAUUUGCCAAGGCUUUAGCUAAGAAGCAGAUGAUGGCAAAUGCAGAGAAGAGGACCGCAAUGCUUGAUUCCAUUUCUUCCCACCGGCUACAGGUGGUAGGGGAGAAAAAACUGAGGGAAAAGGUGGAAUGCCAGAGCAAAGCAGAUGAACGUCGUGCUAACAUGGAAGCUGAUGAAUUAUUCUGGGAAGAAGAAAGAUUGAAGGCUCAGAAGAUAAGAGAAGAAAAAAUCAGAAUAGUCAAUGACAAUGUCAAACUGGCUGCUCAACGCCGUGCUCACCGUCAGCAGAUGGAAGCUAUCGACGUCCCUUUUGAUCCCUCGUACCUCCCACCGGUGUUUGAAGCCACCCAAGCGGCAACUGAUGUGACCUGUACACUUGAGACAUCCACAGAAAUUGUUGGGGAUGAACAGGACACCGCAAAGGAGAAACAAGCCAUGAUGGCUCUUACGGAGGAGCCAAGAUUUGUCAAGGCUCUUGCUAAGAAGCAGAUGAUGGCAAAUGAGGAGAAGAGGACCGCAAUGCUUGAUUCCAUUUCUUCCCACCGGCUACAGGUGGUAGGGGAGAAAAAACUGAGGGAAAAGGUGGAAUGCCAGAGCAAAGCAGAUGAACGUCGUGCUAACGUGGAAGCUGAUGAAUUAUUCUGGGAAGAAGAAAGAUUGAAGGCUCAGAAGAAAAGAGAAGAAAAAAUCAGAAUAGUCAAUGACAAUGUCAAACUGGCUGCUCAACGCCGUGCUCACCGUCAGCAGAUGGAAGAUAUUGAGGUCCCUUUUGAUCCCUCAUACCUCCCACCGGUGUUUGAAGCCACCCGACCGGCAACUGAUGCGACCUGUACACUUGAGACAUCCACACGAAUUGUUGGGGAUGAACAGGACACCGCAAAGGAGGAACAAGCCAUGAUGGCUCUUACGGAGGAGCCAAGAUUUGUCAAGGCUCUUGCUAAGAAGCAGAUGAUGGCAAAUGAGGAGAAGAGGACCGCAAUGCUUGAUUCCAUUUCUUCCCACCGGCUACAGGUGGUAGGGGAGAAAAAACUGAGGGAAAAGGUGCAAUGCCAGAGCAAAGCAGAUGAACGUCGUGCUAACGUGGAAGCUGAUGAAUUAUUCUGGGAAGAAGAAAGAUUGAAGGCUCAGAAGAAAAGAGAAGAAAAAAUCAGAAUAGUCAAUGACAAUGUCAAACUGGCUGCUCAACGCCGUGCUCACCGUCAGCAGAUGGAAGAUAUUGAGGUCCCUUUUGAUCCCUCAUACCUCCCACCGGUGUUUGAAGCCACCCGACCGGCAACUGAUGCGACCUGUACACUUGAGACAUCCACACGAAUUGUUGGGGAUGAACAGGACACCGCAAAGGAGGAACAAGCCAUGAUGGCUCUUACGGAGGAGCCACGAUUUGUCAAGGCUUUAGCUAAGAAGCAGAUGAAGGCAAAUGAGGAGAAGAGGACCGCAAUGCUUGAUUCCAUUUCUUCCCACCGACUACAGGUGAUACGGGAGAAAAAACUGAAGGAAAAGGCAGAGAGGCAGAGCAAAGCAGAUGAACGUCGUGCUAACGUGGAAGCUGAUGAAUUAUUCUGGGAAGAAGAAAGAUUGAAGGCUCAGAAGAUAAGGGAAGAAAAAAUCCGAAUAGUCAAUGACAAUGCCAAACUGGCUGCUCAACGCCGUUCUCACCGUCAGCAGAUGGAAGCUAUUGAGGUCCCUUUUGAUCCCUCAUACCUCCCACCGGUGUUUGAAGCCACCCGACCGGCGACUGAUGCGACCUGUACACUUGAGACAUCCACACGAAUUGUUGGGGAUGAACAGGACAACGCAAAGGAGGAAAAAGCCAUGAUGGCUCUUACGGAGGAGCCACGAUUUGUCAAGGCUUUAGCUAAGAAGCAGAUGAAGGCAAAUGAGGAGAAGAGGACCGCAAUGCUUGAUUCCAUUUCUUCUCACCGACUACAGGUGAUACGGGAGAAAAAACUGAAGGAAAAGGCAGAGAGGCAGAGCAAAGCAGAUGAACGUCGUGCUAACGUGGAAGCUGAUGAAUUAUUCUGGGAAGAAGAAAGAUUGAAGGCUCAGAAGAUAAGGGAAGAAAAAAUCAGAAUAGUCAAUGACAAUGCCAAACUGGCUGCUCAACGCCGUGCUCACCGUCAGCAGAUGGAAGAUAUUGACGUCCCUUUUGAUCCCUCGUAUCUCCCACCGGUUUAUGAAGCCACCCAGGACCCAGCAACCAGGACGAUUGCCACAUCCACACAAAUUGUUGAGGAUGAACAGGACGCCGCACAAGAGGAACAAGCCAUGGUGGCUCUGAUGAAGGGGCCAAGACUUAUCAAGCAUACAUGCCAGCCACUGCCCAGGAUGGCUAAACCUCAGGUCACUAAACUGCUGCAGUGUCGCAAGAACAUUGAGGCCUAUCAGAGAAUAGAACCUACACAAAAUUUCUGCUUCACUGAGUACCUAAAGUACUGAAAACAUGAGAAUCACAUGAGAAUCACAUGAAAAUGCGGUCACAGCCCACCUUUCCACACUUCUGAAUAAAUCCAGUGAAAAGCAGCAGGGGACAGGGGACGAGGGACCUCCUCCAUAGGAGCAGCAAAACACCUUUUCCUAGGACACCAUGUAGGCUCAGUGAUUAGCACUAGUCAGGUUCUAGGUCAGGCUCGACCUCACUGUGCGGCGCUUGCAUGUUCUGCUCAUGAGUGCAUGGGUUUACGCCGGGUGCUCCGGUUCGCCCACGAUAAUAUCUAAAAAAAAAAAAAUGUUAGGGUGUAGGUGGAAGAGCCACUAGAUAUUAGUGGCUAACCUGUCCCUGCUCCACCAUGAGCCCAGAGACACUGCAACUGCAGAAGACCUUUUCCUAGGACACCACAUAGGCUCAGUGAUUAGCACUGGUGCCUAACAGUUAGGUUCUGGUUUAGGCUCGACCUCACUGUAAGGAGUGUGCAUGUUCUGCUCAUGAGUGUAUGGGUUUACUCCGGGUGCUCCGGUUCGCCCAGGAUAAUAUCUAAAAAAAAUGUUAGGGUGUAGGUGGAAUAGCCACUAGACAUUAGUGGCUAACCUGUCCCUACUCCACCAUGAGCCCAGAGACACUGCAACUGCAACAGCCCGCCCUACAGUAGCUCUGGUAAUGGGAGAGUGUGAAUGUCUGAUUUAACAGUUUGAGUGAAGUGUGGAGUAAGAUCUUUUGUUAGAGACAGGCCAGGCCAGUUGGCGGAGAAGCAGCAGGCCAGUGUGGUGGCAGCCACUUUUCUGCUCCUCUGAACAAAUCCAGAGUUUUUCAUGUUUUGCUCAUCAGUGUAUGGGUUUACUCCGGGUGCUCCGGUUCGCCCAUGAUAAUAUCUAAAAAAAUGUUAGGGUGUAGGUGGAAUAGCCACUAGACAUUGGUGGCUAACCUGUCCCUGCUCCACCAUGAGCCCAGAAGUUUGCAGAGCGCUAGCUCUCGUAGCUUUAGCAUCCUCAGAAACGACCGCACAACAACAAUACACCGCAGUAAAUGGAUCCAACUAUAAACCGCCACCAAAAAGCCACAAAUAAUGCUAAGAACAACACCAAACUUCAGCAACUGUACAAACAGGGUCUCAGCACAUAGUCCGGGGCAUCUAACCUCCGCUGGUUUUUUGAUGGCGGUUUCUUGUUGGAGCCCCGUACUGCAAUAUAUUGUUAUUGUGCAGUCUUUUUCUGAGGUUGAUAAAACUCUGUAAAUUAGCAGUGUGCUACCCUGAUCUCUCGAGAGGGAGUCUAACACAGUUUCACGAUGUGUUAGACCAUGGAUUAAAUUUACACUGGAAUAUCCCUUUAACCCUUUUUCCCUUAUUUCCAUAGGAAGAAAACCCUUUUCACCAUUUUAAUGUAUCUAAAUCCAAAUAAAGUGAAACAAUAUUAUACCUUAAAGUUCCAUAAGGUUUUAGUUCAGUUCAGUUAUUUUUCCAACUCAGUUCAGUUAAAAAUAAAUAUUUCCAAUGCUCCUACCGCACUGGCAGUGAGUUUAUUGUUAAUCUAUCCAGUAAAUCGUCAUUGAAGCAAUGAAUGUGAAGGUGGAGAUGAAGAUUUCUUUUAUGAAAGAAGUCUGUGGGUUUGGCUCGCCAUCUUGUGUCCCAUGCCCACAUGCGUAUGUGUGGUUUCCCGCGUCGAGGAACAGUGUCUCGCCUCAACCAAUCUUCAACGAGGUGCAACCAAAAAAAUCGGACCAAAAACGUUGUGGCUUAUUUAAACGUGGUCUUCAUGAAACACCAAGGAAGUAGAUAUUAUUUUAAACCAACUCAUUUUGAAACUAUUUCACUUGUUAACUUCUCUGCUCGGCUCUGACCAGAGCAUGCGUAAACAAGUGGCAAUGAGUCCCUUAAAGGGGAAGCAUCAUCACAUUUCUUAAAGGCAUGUUCUUAAUCACUUUCAGUAUAUUACUGCCAAAUCUGUGUUAACUGCCGGAAGCGUCAUACAUUUUAUUUCCUCCGUUUUCCCAUGAUAACAAGUUAAUUUAAUUUGUUUUCUCGAGAUCUCAAGGUAUUAUCUAGAAAUAACAACUGUUGUUUUCCUGAGAUAAGGGGAUAAUUUUCUCGAGAUCUCGAGAUAGUGACUGUGAUGUGAUAGACCUGAGAUUUCCAUCACACACAAAUGGCAAGGCAUGCUGACCGAUUGGUUUACAGAUAAUAUAGACAUUAGUGUGCGUAAUCUAAAAAAGACGGUUAGCAAGGCUUCAGCUAUAUGGGUGACGCAAUCUAAGUGAGGCUGAUGUCGUCGUUAACUUACAUAGCUGGCCAGCGACAAGGUCCUGGGCAUCCAGUAUCCAUGGAGACGCCCGGUAUAGCUGAAGCCUUGCUAACUGUCUUUAUAGAUUACGCACACAAAUGUGUGUAUUAGCUGUAAUUUUCUGUUUUCUCAGGAUCUCAAUUAAUUAUUUUUUUUAACAAAUUAGUUUUGUUAUCUCGAGAUCUCGAGAAAAUUACCCCGUUAUCCCGGGAGAACGGAGGAAAUAAAAUGUAUGAAUACAUGGCCCUUUAGGGCCUCUGUAUUAACUGGGUCUUAAUGAAAUGUAUGCAUUUUAAUCCAAAAACAUCUGCUUCUUAACAAAAUAAAAACAUUUUCUUUAAACAAAAUAUUCAUCUUUGGUCAGGUUUACCAAUUUUCAAGUGUUUAUUACUCCACUCCCUAUAGCAGCUAUAGACGAAAUGAUAAUGAAUGUAGUAGUUCCAACCAGCAACACAGACAGAUGCUAACUGGCGCCUUAUAUACUGUGUCACCAUUAACUAUUACUGGACUCUUCCACUUCUGAGGUAAUAUUGAAAUAUUAUCAAAUGGCUAUCUUACCAAAUGACAAUUUCCCAUUUUACAUUUAGUACAUAAUAUUUACAACUCCUCUGUUACUGCUAUUCCCCCACCAAUAAACAUAUAAAAUAUAUUUACAAUAAUUAGAAAUAACCACUGAACAUUUGAAGCCUCCCCCCCCCAACUUCCUAUUCUGCCACUUGGUCUCUCCCGGAACAUUAAACAUGGUGCCCGUGUCCCCAGGGGCCUCUUUUGGCUGCGCACCCUAAAGCAGACACAGGACCAGACAAGCCGCACUUGCCCGAAGACAUGCAGUCACCUGUGGUCACAAGGUCUAAUAAAUAUCUCGUUUAAUAUUCAA